AUGGCAGACAUCGACAUAUACGCACUUGCGCACACUAGCGGCGACAGGGCUACAGCGGAGGAAUCUCAAGUCAGGAAGCAUGUCGAGCAACAACGAACUCGUGUGCGGCGGUCCUGGGCGCAGUAUCUACUAGAGAAUGGCGUACACUACGACGAAGAGGAUCUCUUUCCCCAUCUCGUCGGGACUGCACAGCUCAAGGGCUUCUUCGCCUAG